AUGGUUUCGCUGUUGUCCGACGCAACGGAGGCAUCUAUCGAGGGGACCCAAAGGAGCCUACGCGCUUCAAGAUCUGUUGCGACCGCGAUGCUAUUAGCAAGGCUGAAGGUUUCGCUCAAACACCCUUCCCAUAACCACCCACCCUCUCUCGAUCCAUCCGCCCAUAAGCUUCACCGGAAGUUGACGCCCACCCAGAUGAACCUCCUCCAGACCAUCUCAAAGCAUAAGGCCAUCGGAUCGCGCGAGGCGGCUUCCAUCGUCAGAGAUGCUGUGCCUGGGUCUUUCGUCAAGCAGAAAGACAUCGACAACGCCCGCCAGCGCCUGCGUCGCAGCGAGCUCAACAGCAGGACCGCUGUCCAACAGUUCAUCAGCAUCCUUCUUGACAUGGGUUAUAAUCACCGCAUCCAGUGGGCUGGAGAGGACCCUACCCGCCCUGUUGCCCUUGUCUGGACUUACCCAUGGUGUGAGGGCAUGUGGAGGAGAUUUCCGGAGGUCAUCGGGUUUGACAACACCUACAAGACCAACCGCUUCAAGAUGCCACUCUUCCAGGUUACUGGCACUGCAGAUACUGGGUCCUUGUACAACUGUGCCUUCGGUCUUGCGUCAACUGAACGCCGCGAGGGCUACGACUUCCUCCUCAAGUCUCCCGAAUCAUUAAGGGCCGAGAUCCACGUCGAAAAGGACCGCUUUCAAUUGCGCUCGUUGAACUCUCAAUUGCCGUAUAAAACAGGAAGCAGUGGGCUGGCUGUCUGUUGUCUCAUUGGCCAGAAAAGUGGGACACAGCCCGGGCAGCCAACUGACACAGCCCGGCUAGCAUUACUCUUGAUCAUAAGAUCGCCAGAUGAGGAGACAUUCCACCAAGCGGGUGGAAGAGUUUGA